AUGGAUCCCUCUAGCCAACAUAGAGUUAACUCAGGACGUAGCAUUUUGUGCCACAUCACAAAACUGUGGGGAUUUCUCCAUCCCCACCUUCACUUCUAUGUUGUAACGGCAAAAAGAUUCUCUUCUGGACUGACCCGUGGCAUUCUAGUGGGAAAUACCCAGAAAGUUAUCGGGAAAGAUGUCACCUUUUUCUUCUGUAAAAACUCUCCUCCUCCCUGGUUCGAUGACAGUAUUCCAGGAGAUUUUGGAUUCGACCCACUUGGAUUAGGAUCUGAUCCGGAACUGCUGAAAUGGUUUGCAGAAGCUGAGCUAAUACACAGCAGAUGGGCAAUGCUUGCUGUGUCUGGAAUUCUGAUUCCAGAAUGGCUAGAAAGUCUGGGGUUUAUUGAGAAGUUCUCUUGGUACGAUGCAGGAGCACAAGAAUACUUCGCAGAUUCCACAUCUUUUUAUAUAUUCUGA